ACCUUUAAUUCUUCUGUCUUUCACACCGUUAGUCUCUACCUACCAACACCCGUGGUAACAUUAUGGCUGAGUUUUUAGUGUUUUUCUAUCUUUAGGCUUUAUUCGUAUGAACAUUUUUGAUGGAUUUUGCUGGGUUGUAUCAGUUUAAAAGUUCGUAUUUUCAGGCUUCUUGGUUUGCUAACGUUAGUUUACGUCAGUAAACGUAUGGUUAGCUAACGCUAACUUCGCUAGCUUAAUCGAAUGCAGUAAAAUAUCUCUAACGGUUUGAUAUACAGUAUUUAUUCCCACGGAGUCUGUUUGAAAUAGUGUUAUCCUUAUAGCUAUUUGGGUGUCGUUUGGUAACGCUGAAUCUCGAGCGAGUUUACCUGGGUUGGAAGCUAAACGCUAGCGUUAGCUUUAGCAAUCAACACUCCUGGUUGAUCCCUCGAUUCGUUUCUGACAGCCUGCUUCAUCACUAUCAGUCUAAAAGAUGGACUUUGAUAAUAUAUUAGACCUCGCCUCUCAGAACCAGGGCCUCAGCAGUGUCCAGAAAAGAUACAGUCUACAAACUGGACCACCGAAAAAAGUCCCACGGUCGAGAGGUGUAGAUCCUAGUGCUGUGCAGGCACUUUUGAAGAAGCAAACCAUUGAUCACAAAAAGAAAGAAAUUCAAAUGAAGAAAAAGAAGGAUGAACUACUACAGAAGAGGGUUGAAAUGAAGUCGGACCGUAAAGCCCGGGCCAUGGCUUCCAGAACCAAAGACAAUUUCAGAGGCUACAAUGGCGUCCCAGUUGUAGAAUUGCCUAAGAAGAGGAGAACAAAACAAGAAAUGCAGGAAGAAAGAGCAAUGAAUGGCGAAGGAUUUACGAACAACUCCAUUGACCCAGAGGAUGAGGAUAAUUAUGAGUAUGAGCCUUCAGAUUCAGAGUCGGAGCAGGAGCCAGAACCACGGAGACCUGCAAAAACCCCUGGAUUUAGUGCUAGUAGCAAGAGCAGUAGUAGUAGUAGCAAGCAAUCCUCUAAAAAGCCUGCUCCACCUCCCUUGAACUUUGCAGAGUUACUCAAAUUGGCAGAGAAGAAGCAGUUUGAGCCAGUUGAGGUAAAAAAGGUAGUGAAAAAAGAAGAUAGGCUCCGAACAGCUGAAGAGAUAAGGGAGCGGGAGCUGGAGCGCAAGGUUAAGAAAAUGGACAGAGACUCAAAGACGGAGAGAGAAAGAGACAGAGACAGCAGGUCUCAAUCUAGCUCUAGUUCAAUGAGGAAAAACACUUCUGAGAAGGAGCAGAAGAAUGGUAAACCCCAAAAUAACUCCUCAGUAAAGCCAAGUUUGCCCAGUGGCUCAGCGAAGAAAUUGCAUCCAACAUCUUCUAGUGAUAAAGGCCACUCUUCUUCUAGGCCCUCUGUUAAUGACAGAGACAGAGAUCGAUCCAAGAUGUCUAACAGUGACAGAGAUCGAUCCAAGAUGUCUAACAGUGAUAGAGACCGAUCCAAGGCAGCCUCAUCAAGUUCUUCUGGUGCCACAAACAGUAAAGUUCCUUCAAAGGGCUCAUCGUCUCAGGUUUCAGCCAAACAAGGGGGGCUCAAGCCCUCAUCCAGCCACAAAUCAAGUGCCUCAAGUGACCUUAUCCCCAAAAAAGAAAGCUCAUCAAGACCCUCAGGCAUUCCUGGGACCAGGGCUCCUGGUCCAUCUACAUCAGGCCAAAGAUCUCAACAGGGGAGCUCCCAACAGAACAGGCCCAGUCAGGGUGUGAAGCAAGGACCUUCAGCCGGAGGAAACAAGUCUGGAAAGGGAGAACCUCUGAGGCCUGGAACUAAUUCUGCUGGAAAGUCAAGUGGUAAUUCAGGGAUGAGACCUUCUUCGGGGGGCCCUCCUAAGGCAGGGGGCCAGCCCCAGUCAAGGCCUGGAGGCACAUUCCAUGCAAAAGCUCUUGGUGUCCCACAGGCCAGGCCUGGUGGGAGUGGCCCAAAUGGUCCCCCAAGAGGAGGUGGACCCCGACCGCCAGGGACGGGGCCUGCUCGGCCUGACAGUGGAGGACCAGUAUCUGGACGGCCCUCGGGCAGCGUUGGAUCUGGUCCUGGAAAAUCCACGUGCACUGUGGUGUCCGAGACCAUUUCAUCCAAGAAUUUUGGUGGGCCCAAACCAGGAGUCCCUCCUCAACCAGGCAUGCAGCAGAGACCAGGCAUGCAGCAGAGACCCGGCAUGCAGCAGGGACCCGGGAUGCAGCAGAGACCCGGGAUGCAGCAGAGACCCGGGAUGCAGCAGAGACCCGGCAUGCAGCAGAAACCCGGCAUGCAGCAGAGACCAGGGAUGCAACAGGGACCCGGGAUGCAACAGAGACCAGGCAUGCAACAGAGACCCGGGAUGAACAGACCACCAGUCCCAAGGUUACCGCCAAUCACCUCUGCAUACAAGAGGAAAUACGAGGAUGACGAGGACGAGUAUGACUCAGAAAUGGAGGAUUUUAUUGACGAGGGAGAAGGAGAUCAAGACAUUUCCAGGCAUAUUAGGGAAAUCUUUGGAUAUGAUAAAAACAAAUACAAGGCGGACGAGAGUGACUAUGCACUUAAAUUCAUGGAAAGCAGCUGGAAAGAUAUGCAGAAAGAGGAGGCCAGGACCCUGCGAAUGGCCGUGAGGGAAGAUCAGGAGGAGGAGGAAAGAGAACUACAAGAGCUGAAAAGGCAAACUGCCAAGAGGAAAAAAAACUGAAGCCCCUAUUUUCGUUGAGAUGAAUAAAAAACUAAAAAGCUGUGUCCCGUGAGAGGUCUGCCAUGAGGCCCAGUGACUGUGCCCACCUCGGCCUCUGUGGGACAAAAACUGUGGAACGACACUUGGCAUUGGCCCAGAGAAAAAGAGAAGACUGUUAGUCAAAGACAAAAUAUGCACAAAUCAUUCAGGCAUUACCCUGUGACAAAGAUCUCGUAUUUUCCCUGUUUCAUUAUUUAUUGCCCCCACUGAGUGACGGGUUUACAUGGUCAACAGUCUCACAUUUCUUAAAAGGAACUGAGAACUAUAAAUAUGGAAAAGUGUGAUAUUUUGUAGACAAACAAUAACAUACAGGUGUUGAUAAAAUGCUAUUUUCAGCAGAAAUUG